GUGGAUCCAUACCGCUCAUCGCCGCACAGCAGCGCCGCCCAGCCUAACAUGUCCACCGCCCUGGUGCAGCAGCAGGUUGCCAAGUGCAGCGUGCAGCGCGCAUUCUUCACCCGCAAGCCCGUGGCGGCCCGUGCCGCUCGUGUGUGCGCCAUGGCGCAGCUGGACCAGGAUGAGCUGAAGAAGCAGGCCGCCUGGAAGGCUGUUGAGUAUGUGAAGAGCGGCAUGGUGGUGGGCCUGGGCACGGGCUCCACCGCCGCCUUUGCCGUCGACCGCAUCGGCUCCCUGCUGAAGAGCGGCGAGCUCACGGACAUUGUGGGCGUGCCCACCUCCGUGCGCACCUACGAGCAGGCCAAGAGCCUGGGCAUCCCUCUGGCCACCCUGGACGAGCAGCCCAAGCUGGAUGUUGCCAUCGAUGGUGCUGAUGAGGUGGACCCUCAGCUGGAUGUGGUCAAGGGCCGCGGCGGCGCGCUGCUGCGCGAGAAGAUGGUUGAGAUGGCCAGCGCCAAGUUUGUGUGCAUCGUGGACGACUCCAAGCUGGUGGAAGGGCUGGGCGGCUCCAAGCUGGCCAUGCCCGUGGAGAUUGUGCAGUUCUGCCACAAGUACACACUGGCGCGCCUGCAGGCGCUGCCAGAGGUGGCCGGCUGCGUGGCCAAGCUGCGCAUGGAGGGCGACGCGCCAUAUGUCACCGACAACAGCAACUACAUCGUUGACCUGUACUUUGAGACCCCCAUCCCCGACUCCCAAGCCGCCUCCGCCGCCAUCCUGGCGCUGGAGGGCGUGGUGGAUCACGGCCUCUUCCUCGACAUGGUGGACGUGUGCAUCAUCGCAGGCAGCAACGGCGUGGAGGUCAAGGAGCGCCCCAGCCCCAAGAAGUGAAGCUGCCCUGCGAGACGUGAGCGCAACCAGGCUUCCUGGAGCAGCAGCAGCAGCAGUAGCAGCUCGCGCCGUGCCCGGCACCAUUCUUUGCACAACACUGUUUUUUAUUCCCUGCCGCCCCCUCCUGUUCAUCCCUCUCUUUCGGUCACCCUGCCAGGUGUUAAUCCUCUGAGCUC